AAAUUUGUGACAGUAUUUAUUUUCUAGUAACUAUGAUUGAUUAAAUCAUAUGAAAAUAUUCAUUCAAUACAGUUUUACAAUUUAUUGAAUAUAGGACUAAAAUUGAUACACAAAAAUAAUUUGUUACUUGGACAUGAGUAUACAAAUGGAGUUUGAAUGGGUGCUUCAUGAAGAAGUACAUUCUUCACUAUCACAGCUAAGGAAUAUUUUAAUGGAAUGUGCACAAAGAUUUCCAUUAGCAUUAUUUGGCAACGAUCAACAUAAUAAAACAGAUAGAUUUAUAUUUGCUGCACCACAUGACCAAGUGAAAUGUGUUGCUGUUUUAACUGGUGACAGUAUUACAAAUGCAGAAGUUAAUUUUAAAGUACAGCGUCAACAAAAUAUUAAUAUGAGAACAAGUAUACAAACUGAACAUCCUUGGAAGUUACAACAAAUACAAGAUGCUGCUAAUCAUUUACAACAAGCUAUUGCUCACAUAGAUAAUGUUGAUCGUCAUUAUCCAUUUAAGACAUCUGAUGAAGUUAUGCAUGUAUUAGGGAACAUACUUGGUUGCCUCCAACGGAGUCGUACAAGUUUAAUUGUUCCUAGAAAAAAAACUAUUGAUGAUCUCAUUAAAAGCCGUAAUAUGAAGUCAUUAAAUCCUAAUCUUCCAGAAAAUUUGGCAAUUAGUUUUUAUAUUCAAAGUUAUAAACUAGUUUUAGCAAUAUACCAAUUAGAAAAUGCACAUGGUAGUGUUAAGUAUGAAACACAACAAGCAGAAUGUAGUGUUCCAUGGUUAAAUGAUGCUUUAGUACUGCUUACUAUUGCAUUACAGCUUUGCCAACGACUAAAAGACAAGAUCUGUGUUUUUUCUCAGUACAAAGAUUUUACAGUUGGUUCUCACGUUACUUCUACAAUGGGCUGGUAAUAAAAACAUUUGAGCAAUUAACCUUCAAUUGAAAGAAUAGUUGUGUAUAUGUAUAUUACAGUAUAUCACAUUUAAUGCUCUGGUAUCAUUUUUAGUAGGUUUUGUUUUUAUAAACAAAAUUUAGUUCUAAAAAAACACUAAAUUAUAUUACAUUUUCAGAAAUAAGUUUUUUAAUCAUCUGCAUAUAUAUUUUGCUUGAUACACUCUAUUAAAUUCGAAGAUUAAAUUUUACAUAGCAAAUUUUACACAAGAAAAAUUCUUGUAUAUUAGUACAAGAUCUGAGACUUCAUUGUCAUUCACAAUUUUAAAAGUAUUUUGCUAAUUAGUUAUAUGCUUAUAUCUAUUAGUUUGUAUUAGAUUUCCUUUGAUUAUAAUGUUUAAUCUUUUGUAGACAGCUUUGAUCUAACUAAGAAUAGUUAUACAUCUUUACUAAGAUGAAAUAAUUAAGCACUGUAUUUACUAUAUCUCCUGUGAUUUUUUCGGAAUGUUAUAAUAAUUCCCUUCUUACUAGAUAUUAAUGUUCUGUUUCUAAGAAAACGUAUGCAAAUCUAAAGCCAUUGAUUUUAACUAUUUUGUGUAUCCAAUUAUUAUUUUAAACAUUUUAAUGAAUUAUUUAUUUUACUUACCAAAGAAAGUACUAUUUAGUAAGUGUUGACGUACAUUACCGUGGUAUGACGUUCCUUUAAACUUUAAACUGUAUCUAUGUAUUUACAUACAAAUGUCUGAAUUAGUAUUACAUCGAUCAUGAACUAGAUGUUAGAAUAAUUGUUAUUGAUCGAUGUUAUUGUUAUAUAUAUAGCUCAGAAGCAAUUUAUAAGGAUUUCAAUACAGUUAUAUUAAAUAAUUAGAAUUGCCUUAACUUAAUAACGAAGAAACGCGAAAUUUUUAAUAUUAAAAUCGGUUUCUGUAUUGAGUUAAAUGGAAAGUUUUUAUUUAAUUUCUAAAAUUUUAUUCCUUCUAUAUUGUGAUGUAAAAAUUGUAUAUAUGUAUCCUAUGUAUGUAUACAUAUUCAAGUAUAUGUCUUUUCUGCUGAAAUUUUGGUAUUUUUCAGUUUUAUUUAUUCUCAUAUUAAUAUAUGUACAUAUAUAGUUUAACUAUAAAUAAAUUCAAUAAAUUAAAUUGAUUUACUUUCCAUAUAACUCAAUAAAAAAGCAGUAUGUGAUGAUACAUCACUUUUACGUAUUUGAAUUAUAAAUGCUUUACUUUAUUGUAUUAACUAAUCAAAGUACAGUCUGUCCUACAAACCGAAAAUUAAUUUGUUUUGAUUGAAAAUAUAUCUAAAGCACUAGUAUGCUCUUGCUUAAUAAUAAAUCCAAUCUCCUUCAUUAUCGAUUAUAGCUUGACAACGUACCGAUAUACUUUUUACUAAUUUUUCGGGAUACGACACAGAUAGCGAUCUCCACAUUUUUUUAAUGUAGUUCAUUAAAAUUCUUAACUUUAAAAUACAUUUUCCUUUUAAUUUGUGCUUCGUAAUAGACCAAACAUUUUUUAUGCGAUUUGUAUCGAAUGACUGAGACAAUGAUACCGUUUUCAGAUUUCCAUUCGGUGCAGAUGUAGCUUUGAUGUUCCAGAUUAUUUUCUUGCAGCGAAACUUAGACAUUAUAAAUUAUAAGCCAAGGCAUAUCUGAAUGGAUUGUAUAUGUUAAAAUCAUAAUCUCUCCUUUAUUACAUACCAACGCCAGUAUACUUUUGUAUGACAGACUGUAAUUUUUGAUUUAUGAAUUGAAACAAUUAUAAAAUGUAAAUAUUAUUUCAUAAGUGCAAAGCUUUUAAGUAGCUUGUUUUUAGUACUACCAACUAAAUUUACUCAUUUUUGUAAAAAUAUUACUGGGCAAGCCACGAAUUGAAUAUAUUUGCUUUAUUUUAACUACUUAUAUGUUUAAAAUGUUAUAAAUUUACACGUGCUGUGCUUUAGGUAUUAAAAGUUUACAGUUUCAUUUUAUGCAUCAUAUCUCUUUGAGUCUAUAUUAUUAUAUUGUGUACUUAUAUAUUAUAUUUUAUUAAUAUCAUUUUACAAAUUAUAUUUUGUUUAUAGUUACUUGUUAUAU